AUGGACUCACUAGACGAUGAUCUAGAUGUGGGGAUAUUCCAGGUGGAGACGUCGUCGAAAAAGAAAGAUGGUCCCUGUCACCAUAAAAUAGACGCUGUGGCCUUGGCUACCUAUAUAUACCCGACAAACUUGCCGAUUCGUGAUUACCAGUACAACAUUGUGUAUCGGUCCUUCUUUCACAAUAUCGUGGUGGCGCUACCGACGGGUCUAGGAAAGACGUUUAUUGCAAGCACGGUGAUGUUGAAUUUUCUACGGUGGUUUCCCGAGGCCAAGGUGAUAUUUAUGGCUCCUACUAAACCUUUGGUGGCUCAGCAGAUCAAGGCGUGUUGUGGAAUCACGGGUAUUCCGCCGGAGAAGGUGGCGAUUUUGCUCGAUAAGACGCGUCGCAACAGAGCCGCCAUUUGGGAAGAGAAACAGGUGUUUUUCACGACUCCUCAGGUUGUGGAAAACGAUCUAGCUACCGGGAUAGUCGAUCCGAAGUCCGUGGUGCUUUUGGUCAUCGACGAGGCCCACAGAGCCAAGGGCAAUUACGCAUACAACAACGUGGUGAAGUUUCUAGAUCGCUUCAAUAAGGCGUACCGUGUUUUGGCCUUGACAGCCACGCCAGCAUCUGACGUCGAAGGUGUCCAGGAGAUCGUGGAUAACCUCCUGGUUUCGAAAAUCGAGGUCCGGACAGAAAAAAGCAUCGACAUUUACAAGUACCUCAAGCGGAAACUCAUUGAUCGGGUCACCGUCGGCCAGUCGGAAGAGAUCCGCCAUGCUGUGGAUUUGCUUACGGAGGCAGUGAAGCCCAUUCUCGAGCAGGCCAACCAGAGAAACAUCUACGAUGUGCGUGAUCCCGCCUACAUCAAUGCCUUCACUGCCAUGACCGCUCAGAAGAAGAUUGUGAUGAACCGCCUGAUUCCGGAGGGCCUCAAAUGGCUGAAUUUCUUCAUACUCCAGCUUCUAGCCGUCGUGGGGCAGGGGCUCCGGCGGUUGAACAUUUAUGGAAUUCGGUCUUUUUACGCUUACUUCAAAGAGAAGUACACUGAGUUCACCACCAAGUUCAACAGCAAGAAGUCUAAGAACAACAUGGCUGCAAAAUUCUACUUCCACGAAAGCAUCAAGAAGUUGGUGGACUUUUGUGAGAGAAGCGUGGCUGAUAAGCAGUUUCUCGGGCAUCCAAAGCUUGAAAUCGUCAUUUCUGAACUUGAGUCAUUUUUUCAGAACACCUCGAAUCAAGACUCUCGUGUGAUUAUCUUCACCGAGUUCAGAGAACUGGCCCUCGAUAUAGUCAGAGCUAUCGAGCAGCGUGACUCCGCUUUGAAACCACAUAUCUUUAUUGGUCAAGCCAAGGAGAGGGAAAAAUUCGAUGAGGAAAAGUUCGCCGCCAAAGGGAAAAAAGGCAAAAAGAAGGAUGUUGAACCACAGCCGCCAAGCUCCUCAGAAAGACCGACCUCUUCAGAGGAAGCCCAGAUGACUGGUAUGAAUCAGAAGGUCCAGAAAGAGCUUAUUCGCAAAUUCAAGGCCGGCGAAUAUAACAUUCUUGUUGCCACUUCCAUCGGUGAAGAGGGUCUUGAUAUUGGUGAGGUUGAUCUAAUUGUGUGCUACGAUUCGACAUCCUCGCCUAUCAAAAAUAUCCAAAGGAUGGGUAGAACAGGCAGAAACAGAGAUGGUAAAGUGCUUCUUUUAUUCGCUGGAAAUGAGGAGACCAAGUUUGACAAGGCCAUGGGCGGAUACGAGUAUAUCCAGCAGCACAUCAUGAAUGGAAACAUGAUCAACUUGCAUGACCAACGACGCAUCAUACCUCACCGUUUUAAUCCUGUCGUGAACGAGCAGUUCAUCGAGAUCCCAGACGAAAAUGUCCAGAUCAAGAAUGAAGAUGAUGAGGAUGAGAUUAUCAAGAUUGCCAUGAAGUACAUGAGCGGCACUAAAAAAGGCAAGUCGAAAGCGAAGCCGAAGAAAAUAGAGAAGCGCUUUUUCAUGCCUGAUGACGUCGAAACAGGCUUUCAAUCCGUGAGCGACAUGCUCAAGAAUCCUGAGGGACCCUCCAAAAAGAGACAGAAAGUGGAGGAAUCCGAGGAUGAGCUUAUCUCAGAUGAUAUCCUUGCCAAGUCUAAUGAGUCAAGCUUUCAGAAAGUCUCAUCUUCACCCGUUGUGCCUCCUCCCUCCGUGAAGAAACUGAAGCAACCCACUCUAGAAACAGUUCCUGGGCUUCCCCCGAAGCAAGCCACCAAACUGCUAGGGACAAGCUUGGGAGUCAAGAAACGCCCUCCUAAUGUCAUCAACCAGUUGAAAGCUGCUCAAAGCCUGAAGUUACCGGAGUCCCCAGCUACCGGUAAAGAAAACACUCCAGUGGAAGCCCGUGUAUCAGACGAUGAUUUCGACUUUGAUGACGAUGACGAUGAAAUUCUAGCACUUGCCGAACGCACCAGUUCCAUGAACACGCAGCUAAAACCUUCUCAAGAGGCUUUAUACCCCAACGACUUCCAGAAUCAAGAAGGCAUCCUUACAUCCGAACAAAACUGUGACCUUUACAUGUCGUACUACACACCUGUGAAUGCCUCAGAUCUUGACAACAUUUACGAUCCACAAGACUCCCCAGCUUGUGAUAGCAUACGGCACAGCACCACUACUACUAAUUUAUUGCAUUCCAAAGCAUUCAUGUCCAAGCUUUCGGACAAAGAAAGCAAGACACUCAUACAUACCUAUCAAUCUGCAUCAUCAGUAAGUCACGAACUUCCAGAUUUCGUUGACUUUGACUGA